GCGAUUGUAAAAUCCUCAAGAGACGAGCGAGCGAGCGUAUACGUAAGUGUCGAGCCCCGCAAGUGUAUAUGGUGUCGUUGAAUUAUACGAUGACAACAUUUUGACUAGGAAGCUGCUCGUCUCGCGUAUUCGCACGCAUCGCUGUCAGUUUUUGAGUUUUUUUUUUGUCGAAUUCAUCAGAUGCAAGCUCCGGUUGAUCGGGUCGGUUCUUCAGCUCUUCGAAAUGAGCUUUGUUGACACGGUGGUGGUGCUGCUGCCGAUGGAGGAGUGUCUCGUACACAUCAAGAUUUUGUACUCGAGUGUUUUUGCUUGAAUAGUUUGUGCGUUCUCUCGUUUUCAAGAUAUAAUUUUCAAAAUGGAGAACUGUUCGUCACAAGAGCUUGACUUUGUGUACGAGGACACGGAUAGUCAUGCCAAUGAGAUUGCUGAAUUAUAUAGUUACACUGAACAUUGUGAAUUACAGCAAAAUGUCAAGGUUUUUGAGGAUCAAAUGCAGAUGUAUGAUUUGCGCCCAGUCUGGCAAAACUUGACCAGAGAACAGCAAAAAUCAAUAAUAUAUAAAUUGUUGGAUCAACUUGAAGUUUCAAACAAAAAUUUGAGAAUGAAGGCUGCAAGAUGUAUUUUGUACCUGGCUCAGGGCUGCUGGGCAGAAGUGCAAUCUGAUAAAGAGCAACAAGACCAGGAAAAAACCAAUGUUAUGUUACUUUAUGAGUGUGGAACAUUUCCAGCUUUUAUUGAAUUGUUAAAUAUUGAAAUAGAAGCUAGUAAUACAGACAAUACAGCUAUGAAAAAAUUAGCAGUAAGUCUUGCAGACUCAGUUGAUCUUCGUGUUAUUCUAUCUGUUUUAUACAUUAUUACUGAAGUGAUGAGAGAAGAGAUGAAAAUCUUAGACUCAAGUCCUUAUAGAAAAAAUGUUGAAGCAUUCAAAGAAGAAUUGAUGAAUGCACACGAAGAAGAUUUACUUAUAAUCAAAUUAUUGGGAAUGGUAACAAGUUUUUGCAGCGGGUCUGCACCACACUUUCCAAUGAGAAAAGUUCUUCUUCUACUAUGGAAAUUAAUUUUGGUUUCCUUGGGUGGAAUGGAAGAGUUGAGAGAACUUAAAAAUCAAUAUCGCAAACAAGCUGGUCUUGAUAACAUUAAGGAAGACACAAUAGAAGUAGCAAAAGCUAUGAGGCCAAGUUCUCCUCCAACAAAUGCAGCUGAUCUGUUGGACAAUCAGAAUAUGAAGAAAAAUAAUCGACCUUUUAGGAGGAGCUUAAUGAAGCAAAGUUCUUUGGAUGAACCAAAUUUGGAGAAUGACGUUCCAAGAUUGCUCAUUACCAAUGAAGGGGGUGUGGAAUCGGGAGAAGGAGACGUCGACGAAGGUGUUUUUGUUAAUCAACCAAUGGGAACUUAUCAAAAUUAUUAUGAUAAUCCAAACAACCAGCCCGAAAUUCGUCCAGAUACACCGCCACCUGCCAAGCCUAAAGGAUUGCCAUGGGUCCCAAAAGUAAGACAGAAAGACGUCGAUUUAUUUUUAGACGUGUCGAGAAAAAAGUUCGUUGGAUACAAGUUGCAAGGUGAUCGCGAGAGCUUAGCAGGAUUGCCACUGCCCAUUCACGAAGGAUUGAGCACUCUCAAAAAACAUAUGUAUACAUCACUUGCCGAAGUUCAAAUUCUAAAGGAGGAGGAAAUAGCCAAGAAUCCAUUAAGCACAAAGGAGCCUUUUAUCAGGGACACACCCACUGAAAUACUGUAUCAAGCAAUGCUACCCAAUUUGCCUCAGCACAUGAUUGCCCUGCUGAAAAUUCUUCUUGCCGCCGCGCCUACGAGCAAGACCAAAACCGACGGUAUCAACAUAAUGGCCGACAUACUGCCCGAAGAAAUGCCAGUCAUGGUACUGCAAUCGAUGAAACUUGGGAUUGACGUUAAUCGUCAUAAGGAGAUAAUCGUCAAAGCGGUUUCGGCUAUACUGCUUCUCUUGCUGAAGCACUUCAAGCUGAACCACGUUUAUCAAUUUGAAUUCAUGUCGCAGCAUCUAGUCUUUGCCAACUGUAUACCUCUUGUACUGAAGUUUUUGAAUCAAAAUAUCUUGAGUUACAUCGAGACCAAGAACGUUAUUCCUAUAUUGGAUUUUCCUACGUGCGUUAUCGGUGAUCAGCCCGAAUUGACUGCAGAUAAUUUGGAACUUGGUGACAAUAUGAAUUAUUCCUGGAGAAACGUUUUUACCUGUAUAAAUCUUCUGAGAAUACUCAAUAAAUUGACCAAAUGGAAACACAGCAGAAUCAUGAUGCUAGUUGUUUUCAAAUCUGCUCCAAUAUUGAAGCGCACCCUUAAAGUCAUGCACGGUAUGCUGCAGCUGUACGUACUGAAACUUCUGAAAAUGCAAACCAAAUAUCUAGGUAGACAGUGGCGCAAAACUAACAUGAAAACGAUUAGCGUCAUCUACGCCAAGGUCAGACAUCGUCUGAACGACGACUGGGCAUUUGGAAAUGAUCUAGAGGCUAGGCCAUGGGACUUUCAAAACGAAGAGUGCACGCUGCGCAACUGCGUUGAUCGCUUCAAUAAUCGACGCUACUCAAACGCAGUGCGCGACGAGGAGCUCGAACCCGUCGACACGUCGAUCACCUCGGUGCUCGGUACCAACGUCGAGCUCACCGAGGAAUUCAAGCAGCACUACGAGCUCUGGCUUCAGCAGGAGGUUUACAAGACCAGUAUCGAUUGGGACGAGCUCCUGGGUCCGAGUCUUGAUAUAUAGGUUUGGGCCGCUGCUCGUGGACCGUGAACUUUGAUAUUAAUAUAUAAUUAAUGCCUCUUUGUUGGGUCAAUGAAAACGCGUUGGUUCGAUCGUUUCCUGAAUUAUGUGUAAUAUAUUUUAACGAGAAUCAAGUCCUAUUGACUUUGGGGAAUAUUAUAUACGUUUCGUCAACUAGCAUUGCGUAUUUUAAGCUCUGCAAUACAAGUAUUAUUCACUUUUUAUUACCGAGAAGCAAAGAUUUUUCAUUGAAAAAUUCAUAAUAUUACACGAUAAGAUAUUUAAAAAUUGUCGAGUUGUACAUAUUACUGACUUGCGUUUCUUACUUUUUCGUUCGAGUCGUUGCGUGUGUCAUUUAAUUUUAGCAAUCUAACUCAUUAUAGAAAAUGUUUGUGAUAGUUCAAAUGGAAUCAAAUUAAUUAACCAGGAAGUAAUCUUUAAUUAAUUUCGAAAAAUUUAUUUACCUUUAAUUGUACAAAAUGAAAUUUAAUCAUUUCACUUUUUCUACUGGAAAGACUGAAUUCAUAAUUUUUGCAAGCUCUUGUUUAUAUACUGUAUAUCAUGUCAAAAGAUUUUUAGAAUUUGUUUUUUGUAAGCGAUUCAACAUGAAUUAUUCUCAUUCAAUUAUUCGAUAUAAUGAUAACGAAAUAACUGUAGAUAUGAUUUUCUUACUCAAUUAUGUUUUUCUUUUUCGAUUUAAGUAAAGUAUGAACGAUUACUCUACGUAAUAAAUGUAAACGAGGUUACUGUUUAAUUUAAACAAUUAGUCAUGCUAAUAUAUUAGAUCCAUACAUGUAACAGAAGUAUCAUGACCCAGAAUUGUUAUUAUUAUUUACACUCUUUUUUUAUAUACAGAAUGCCAUCUCAACUUACAUAUGUACAUAGUCCGGCUAUUUCUGUAGGCUUAUGUUAGCUCAUCAUGAUUUAUCAUUAAACAAAAGUUCGUAUACUAAUAAACAUUAGUUAUAAUAAAAUUCACCGAAGUACUUGUAA